CGAAGAAGACAUAGCUCUAGAUUGAACAGUAUUUAGGGAAGCGGAGCCAGCCAAUCAGACUGUGCAUAUCCUCCCAGAGACCCCGCCUCUUCCUCUGGGUAACUUUUGCUGGCGGGAAAAGUUCGGAAGUUUUCGCGCCGGGCCUGGUUCAUCUGAGACCGUCCGCGGGGCUCUGAAGCAGGUAGUUCCGAGUUGACAAGCAUGGCGGGGACCGUGGUGCUGGACGAUGUGGAGCUGCGGGAGGCGCAGAGAGAUUACCUGGACUUCUUGGAUGACGAGGAAGACCAGGGAAUUUAUCAGAGCAAAGUUCGGGAGCUGAUCAGUGACAACCAAUACCGGCUGAUUGUUAACGUGAAUGACCUGCGCAGGAAAAAUGAGAAGAGGGCUAAUCGCCUCCUGAACAAUGCCUUCGAGGAGCUGGUUGCCUUCCAGCGGGCCUUAAAGGAUUUUGUGGCCUCCAUUGAUGCUACCUACGCCAAGCAAUAUGAGGAGUUCUACGUAGGAUUGGAAGGCAGCUUUGGCUCCAAGCACGUCUCUCCCCGAACUCUUACCUCCAGCUUCCUCAGCUGUGUAGUCUGUGUGGAGGGCAUUGUCACUAAGUGCUCUCUAGUUCGUCCGAAAGUUGUCCGCAGUGUCCACUACUGUCCUGCUACCAAGAAGACCAUAGAGCGACGUUAUUCUGAUCUCACCACCCUAGUGGCCUUUCCCUCCAGCUCUGUUUAUCCCACCAAGGAUGAGGAAAACAAUCCCCUUGAGACAGAAUAUGGCCUUUCUGUCUACAAGGACCACCAGACCAUCACCAUCCAAGAGAUGCCUGAGAAGGCCCCAGCCGGCCAGCUUCCCCGCUCUGUGGAUGUCAUUCUGGAUGAUGACUUGGUGGAUAAAGUGAAGCCUGGUGACCGAAUUCAGGUGGUGGGGACCUACCGUUGCCUUCCUGGAAAGAAGGGAGGCUACACCUCUGGGACUUUCAGGACGGUUCUGAUUGCCUGCAAUGUGAAGCAGAUGAGCAAGGACAUUCAGCCUUCCUUCUCUGCUGAGGAUAUAGCGAAGAUCAAGAAGUUCAGUAAAACCCGCUCCAAGGAUAUCUUUGACCAGCUGGCCAGGUCAUUGGCCCCCAGUAUCCAUGGGCAUGACUAUGUGAAGAAGGCAAUCCUUUGCUUGCUCUUGGGAGGGGUGGAACGCGACCUGGAAAACGGCAGCCACAUUCGUGGGGACAUCAAUAUUCUUCUAAUAGGAGACCCGUCGGUUGCCAAGUCUCAGCUUCUGCGGUAUGUGCUUUGCACUGCGCCCCGGGCUAUCCCUACCACCGGCCGGGGCUCCUCUGGAGUGGGUCUCACGGCUGCUGUCACCACAGACCAGGAAACAGGGGAACGCCGUCUGGAAGCGGGGGCCAUGGUCCUGGCUGACCGAGGCGUGGUUUGCAUCGAUGAGUUUGACAAGAUGUCUGACAUGGACCGCACCGCCAUCCACGAAGUGAUGGAGCAGGGUCGAGUCACUAUCGCCAAGGCUGGCAUCCAUGCUCGACUGAAUGCCCGCUGCAGUGUUUUGGCAGCAGCCAACCCCGUCUAUGGCAGGUAUGAUCAGUACAAGACCCCUAUGGAGAACAUCGGGUUGCAGGACUCACUGCUUUCCCGAUUCGACUUACUUUUCAUCAUGCUGGAUCAGAUGGACCCUGAGCAGGAUCGGGAGAUCUCAGACCAUGUCCUUAGGAUGCACCGUUACCGGACACCAGGGGAACAGGAUGGUGAUGCUAUGCCUCUGGGUAGUGCCGUGGAUAUGCUGGCCACAGAUGAUCCCAACUUUAACCAGGAUGACCAGCAGGACACCCAGAUUUAUGAGAAGCAUGACAACCUUCUGCAUGGGAACAGGAAGAAGAAGGAGAAGAUGGUGAAUGCAGCAUUCAUGAAGAAAUACAUCCAUGUGGCCAAAAUUAUCAAGCCCAUCCUAACACAGGAGUCAGCCGCCUACAUUGCAGAGGAGUACUCACGCCUGCGCAGUCAGGACAGCAUGAGCUCCGACACCGCCAGGACCUCUCCCGUUACAGCUCGGACUCUGGAAACCCUGAUUCGAUUGGCCACAGCCCAUGCCAAGGCCCGCAUGAGCAAGACUGUGGACCUGCAGGAUGCAGAGGAAGCCGUGGAGUUGGUCCAGUAUGCUUACUUCAAAAAGGUUCUGGAGAAGGAGAAGAAACGUAAGAAGCAAAAUGAGGAUGAAUCAGAGACAGAAGAUGAAGAGGAGAGAAGCCAGGAGGACCAAGAACAGAAGAGGAAGAGGAGGAAGACUCGACAUCGCUCAGAUGCUGGGGAUGGGGACUCAUAUGACCCCUAUGACUUCAGUGACACAGAGAAGGAAAUGCCUCAAGUGCAAACUCCAAAGACAGCGGACUCAGAGGAGGCCAAGGAAUCCCAGGAGGUGGAGUUGAGUGAAUCCAGGUUGAAGGCAUUCAAGGUGGCCCUCUUGGAGGUGUUCCGGGAAGCUCAUGCCCAGUCUGUGGGCAUGAAUCGCCUCACUGAAUCCAUCAACCAGGACAAAGAAGAGCCCUUCUCUCCAGAGGAGAUCCAGGCGGCACUGUGCAAGAUGCAGCACGACAACCAGGUCAUGGUGUCUGAGGGCAUCAUCUUCCUCAUCUGAGGAGGUCUUGUGUCUGAACUUUGGGGCUCCGCCAAGAAAGCUCCCAUCCCACCCCCACUUUCACCCCCAUCUUGGUCUCUGCCCUUAUUCCCUGAAUAACAGUGUUUAAUUGGACCGAAGUUGAGGGACACAUGCUGAAGCUGAAUCAGAACUUGGUGGGAGCUUUGGGAAAGAAAGCUGCCAUGAGGUAAAGCGAGAGUCAGGUGGGACAGGACCAAGACUGUUGCCUCUCGUUGCAAAAGACUGGAUCAGACUCCCCAUUUCUAUCCCAAGACAAACCAAACCAUUGUUUGCUGUAAAUAGCAUAUGACUUCUGAGUAUUUUGGGGGCACAGCUGGUUUUUGUUUAUCUUUUCUGUUGUUUGGCUUUAUUUCCUCAUGAGCACUUUGGUCUAGAGCAGGCUUUGGGUUUUACACUGGUGGAGAGAAGCUCUGGAAGCAAGUCAUGAAUGCCAAGGACACUUUCUUUGAAGAAGCACCAGUUAAGACUAAUAGGAACCUUUGCCCUAAAUAUCCAAGAUGUUGAAUAAACUUAAAUUUUUUAUACUAUGCAAAUGGCCUUAAUACUUGGGCUACUAUAGACAGAUUUAAUUUUUGUUUUCCUUGAAAGCUCUGCCCUAUAAGUUUUGCUGCUUUCGCAUUUGCACCAAGCCACCACAAGGUGGCAGCAGGCUGCUGUGCACUCUUUGGGGUUAGGUCUUUAGGCAGUUUUCUUCCUCUGUAACACCAGCAUUUAUUAAUUAAAAUUGUGCAAACCAAAUCCUGCUGAUUUCAAAUAGCUAAGUGGCCACAGGAGGCCAGUGAGUGAAAGUCCAAGCGGAGAAUUGAGCCUCUACCUGGCUUUUCUGAGCCUGAAUCAAAUCCCCUUCAUGGAGAAACAAUACCUGAUAUAUCACAUACUUCAAAAUCAUGGGUUUUACUCAUAAAGAGAUACUUUUAUAGGAUUCUUGUGAAACCACUUAUACCUGGAUGUCCAGCCCUUGGAAUUUAUGUCUGUUUGCACAGAAGUUGUAGAGGGGCCAGGGCAGUACUUCUAUUGUAUGGUUUGAAUAGCUUCUGAAGAACAUUUAGGGUUACUUAAAUAAAAAAAUAAAAUGUGUGACUUUA